AUGGCACCAACCCCCAAACUGCCUGCGGUCUUGAUUCCGGAGCACUUGUCCAAGGCACCGACUACUUGGCGGUUGCAACUGCGCAGGCAAUGCAGGACGGCUGCUGCCGCUGCAACCGCGGUGGCGGCGGAGGACAGACCGCCAGCCUGGGAUGCGGAUCCUGUGGCAGGGGCAGGUUCAUCCGCCAGCUGCCGCGCGGCUUCCACAUUUGGACCCCCAAAGACAAGGCCAUCUUUCACAAGGAGUACAAAUUUGUGGUGGUGGACAUUUGCCCACACGUCGACAACAAGAUGUGGUGCCCCACCAGCCCUGGCGAGACCAAUACCUUCGGAGCUUCGAGCUCGGGGGGGUUCGGGGGGUUCGGGGGGUUCGGGUUCCGCUGGCUUUGGGUCCACUAAGAGCGGAGGGCAAAACGCAGAAAGUACCACCAGGGCGGAACGGAGGCUGCUCCUUGUCUUGCACCCUUGGCCUAGGUCUUGUCAGUUCUUGUCUUUUGGAAGCGGAUUGGACAUGUUUGAUCUUCAAGCCAUUCUAAGGGCUUCCUCCCAGCCGGUCUGCGUCUGUUGUGUCUCUCUGUCUGUCUCUGUCUCCCCACACCCACAACCACACAAAGACACAGAAAUGAUUUCACUCAUGCGUGAUGUCACUCUGAGUGGUCACACACACACACACACACACAUCUAUUUUGUAUAUAUACAUGUCAACCCAAAAGACAAUGUGACAAUGAAGCCAUGUGGCCGUGACCUUAGGGAAUACCCCUCCCGUGCUCCCGCAUCAGCGGAUGUUGGUAUUUUGCUCAUCUCGGGAAGCCCUUGCAAGCUUGUCUAA